UCUGGAGGCGGGGCGAGGAGCGGAAGCACUAUGAUGUCAUGUCCGGGUCUCGCUCGCUGCGUCUUAUCGUUGGGCCCCGCGACAAGAUGGCGGACCUCUCUCUGGACGAGCUCAUACGGAAACGCGGUGUGACGGUGAAAGGGAGGCUUAACACAAGGCCAGUGUUUGGAGGUGUAAGAUCUCGCAUUGGGAUCCAGCAAAAUCUUCUAAAUAGAUCAUCACCAACUGUCAGCUUCCAGCGGACAUUUGAUGCCCGUCAGAAGAUAGGACUCACUGAUGCCCGACACAAACUGGGGGUUAAAGAUGCCCGUGAAAAACUGGUUCAAAAGGACGCUCGGUUCAAAAUCAAAGGGAAGGUGCAGGAUGCUCGAGAGAUGUUGAAUUCCCGUAAGCAGCAAAGUGUUGCUGCCGAAAAGGUGACCAAAGUGGUGGAUGCCAGAGAGAAGAUCAGCUUAAAAAGGAGCACUCCAGCUGCUGUUAGCCCAACUAUGGCGACAGUAAAUCCAGCCAUGAAAAUCACCAAAACUAUCCAACAGAAGGCUGCAGUUCCUGGACAGUCUCAUCCAGCAGGAAUGAGGAUCAAUGUCGUCAACAACCAUACACACAAACAGGGUCUGUAUGACAUGGAAGAUGACGAUGAAAGUGUCUCUCCCCUUACUAGCAAACAGAUGAAAAUCACCACCACAAACAGUUUCUUGCACAAUGCGACUGGGCUGAGUGGCAAUAAAUUCUCUCUGUCCAAGACUGUUCCCCUGACUAAAGUGGUCCAGAACGAUACAUACACAGCUCCACCUGCACCUCCCUCUCCUAUGCGGACAAAGGCCUUGACAAACAUGUCCCGGACCUUAGUGACAAAGGAGGAGCCUCCAAAAGAACCGGCACCUGUUGAGCUGGCGUUCAGUCCUUUGGAAGGCACAAAGAUGACCGUAAACAAUCUGCAUCCUCGAGUCACAGAGGAAGACAUUGUUGAGCUAUUCUGUGUGUGUGGUGCUCUGAAGCGAGCCCGGCUGGUGCACCCUGGAGUGGCUGAGGUAGUGUUUGUGAAGAAAGAAGAUGCUAUCACAGCAUAUAAGAAAUACAACAACAGGUGCUUAGAUGGUCAACCAAUGAAAUGCAAUCUUCAUAUGAAUGGGAAUGUCAUCACCUCAGACCAGCCUAUAUUGCUCCGAUUGAGUGACACCCCUUCAGUGAAGAAGGAAGGGGAACCACGCCGGUCAAGUGCAAGCGCCACCUCAAAUCCCCCAGCUGAAGUGGACCCUGACACUAUCUUGAAGGCACUCUUCAAAUCCUCAGGGGUCUCUGCUUCUGUGCAGCCCACAGAAUUCAAAAUUAAACUCUGAGUAGGGGGAGCAAGCAGUGGACUGGAAAACUCAAAUUUAAGUUGGGGAAUGAGAAAAGUGCAGGAGUGCAGAUGUUAUUUGCAUUUGCCUGCCUUGAAAUUUUUUGUUUUCUAUGAUCGCUACCUUACUGUACAAUAGUGUUUCCUCUUGUGUGUGUACUUUCUGUUUUCAUAGUUGGAGUUUUCUUCCAUGAUUUUUUUCCAAAAGAAUUAACCUCCCCCUUCUGCCACUAAUGUAUUACCAAGCAUAUACCAUGUAACUCCCUCCUCUAACUCCAAAGCCCCUAGUGGCCAUUAAAAGUGCACAUAGACUUCAAGGGAA